AUGGCCACCCCGGCGCUGAGCCGGCUGGACACCAGCAUGGCGCUGAGGAUUGCCUCCACCAGGACCUCAGCGCCAGGGCAGCACGGUGCUGGCGGACUGAUGGUGCUGGCAGACGAGAUGGCUGCAGAGAAGACGGAGCUGGUUGGGCUCUCCGCAGAGUGUGCCGGCACACCAGGCCCGCCGAGCCACCUGGGGUGGCAGGGAUACAGCAAGGGGCCGCUGGCGCAGCCCUCCUGGGGGUCCCAGCAGCAGGAGGGGCUGGGCCAGGCCCCCCAUAACUGCCCCUCAUGUGCCAGCGCGCCACUGGCCCGGCACCCGCCGCAGUGCAGCCCUGGCUGCCCGCUGGUGGGGGAGAUUGCCUUCCAGCUGGACCGCCGCAUCCUCGCCAGUGUCUUCCCUGACCGCACCCGGCUCUACGGCUUCACCGUCACCAACAUCCCCGAGAAGAUCAUGGAGAUCGCCCUCGGUACCGUGCCGGGGAGCUUUGACGAGCAGCGCUGCGCCGCCGCAGCCCGGCGCUAUGUCAGCCUGAUGGGGCGUCUGCGGGCACUGGGCUACAGCCCUGCCGUGCACCCAGCCUUCGCCGAGUCCCUCGUCAACACCUACGGCGUCCUGCCGGAGCCAUCCGGCCCCGACGCUCACGUCCACCACAGCCCAGCCUUCCUGCACCGUGUGGUGGCCGAGACGGUGCCGCCGGCGGGGCAGCCCGGCGCGAUAACGGUGCCGCCGGCGGCGCAGCCGGACGCGAUAGUGCUGCUCGAGUGCCUGCAGGAGCUGGCGCGGGAGGACGGGCAGCCCCUCUUCCUCUGUGAACCCAGCAUCCCCAGCAACCCCAGUGUCCUCAGUGACCCCACAAUCCCCAGUGAUCCCAGUGACCCCAGCAUCCCCAGCAUUCCCAGUGACCCCAGCAUCCUCAGUGACCCCAGUGACCCCAGCAUCCCCAGUGACCCCAGUGUCCCCAGUGACCCCAGUGUCCUCAGUGACCCCACAAUCCCCAGUGACCCCAGCAUCCCUAAUGACCCCAGUGUCCCCAGUGACCCCAGUGAUCCCAGUGACCUCAGUGACCCCAGUGACCCCAGUGUUCCCAGUGACCCCAGUGUCCUCAGUGACCCCACAAUCCCCAGUGACCCCAGCAUCCCUAAUGACCCCAGUGUCCCCAGUGACCCCAGUGAUCCCAGUGACCUCAGUCGUGCCAGCUGCACCGGAGCCCCCGGGCAGGAGCAGGGGGACGCCGCGCUCGCCCUCAACCCCCUGCCCGGCCCCCCGGCGCCGUGGCACCCCCCCGCCAUGCUGCUGCGGGAGUCCCCCUUCCCCAACCGGGCGCUGGCGGCCUUGGACUGCCUGGCCUGGGGGAUGCUCACCCCCAGCUUCUGGGCCGCCAACCGCCUCCUCGACCUGCAGCCCACGACAGCGGAGCGGAGGCAGCAGCGGCGGAGACGCUUCUGGGCCGCCAACCGCCUCCUCGACCUGCAGCCCACGACAGCGGAGCGGAGGCAGCAGCGGCGGAGACGGUGCGGGCGGUGCUGCGGCUGUGCCGGGCAGGCGCUGGCUGGGCUGGCAUACGCCACGCUGCUGCUGCUCUCGCUGCCCCUGACCGCACUGGGGCUGCUGCUGUGGCUGCCAGUGCAGGCGGUGCGGCGGCCCUUUGCCUACCAGUACAUGGCAGGCACGGCACAGGCGGAGCCGUGGGACCUGCGGCAGCGCCGGACCUUCACCUUUGUCAGUGCCAACCUCUGCUUGCUGCCCAGUGGCCUGGCCAAGUUCAGCAACCUGGGGCAGACACCACAGCGUGGUGCCUACAUCGCCCGCCACCUUGCCCCGGCACCACCGGACCACCCCGGCACCCGGGCCGGCCUGAUUGAGCCACAGCACGGCGAGACCAACAGCUACGGCGGGACCCUUUGCACCCCGCGGCAGCCUCCCGGCAGCGUGACGGUAGAGAUGCCGGUGGAGGCGGUGGAGCCGGAGCCGGCAGUGUUGUCCGAGCAUUUCCCGGCGGACGCCGACUUCAUCUGCCUGCAGGAGGUCUUCGAGACGGCGGGGCGGCAGCAAUACCUGGCGGGCCCGAUCCUCUCUAACGGGCAGCCCGACCCGGCAGCCCCUGGGCCCUGGCAGGGCCGGCGCGUGGAUUACAUCCUCUACCGCCAGCACCACGGGGCCUUGCCACUGCGGACGGAGGUGGCGGGGGUCUCCUUCAUCACCCAGCUGGCCACCCGCUCCGACCACCUGCCUGUGGCCCUGCGGCUCGACGUGGGCCCUGCGCCCCUCUGA